CUGGGGCUCCGUGGAGAGAGAGAUUACAAAGUGAGGAGAGAGGUGAGUAUCGAUUCGACGAAGAGAGAUGCCGAAGAGAACGACGCAUACGUACUCGAGCGAGGACGCGGCGCCGGAAGGACCCGACUCCGAUCUCUUCGUGUACUACUGCAAGCACUGUGGUUCUCAUGUCCUUAUCACUGAUACGCAAUUGCAGAAGAUGCCAAAGAGGAAGACCGACAGAUCCAGUGUCCUGGACAAGAAGAAGCACCUUGCUAGGUUGAAUGUCAGCGAGGGAGGAAAAGUUUUAUUAAAACGCGGCGAAGUGAAACUGGAGAGACAGUUUAGAAUGAACUGUAUUGGCUGUGAGCUUUUUGUUUGUUAUCGUGCUGAAGAGAGUCUUGAAACAGCAGCCUUCGUUUACAUUGUUGAUGGAGCACUUAGUGCUGUCGCUGCAGAAACUAACCCGCAGGAUGCACCAGUACCUCCCUGCAUUUCACAGCUCGACGGUGGACUUGUUCAGGUUGCAAUAGAAGUGGAAGACCGUGCGCAACGUUCAGCAAUCACAAGAGUAAACGCUGAUGAUGUUCGUGUUACUAUUGCCGCACCAGCAGCUCGUGGGGAAGCUAACAACGAGCUUCUGGAAUUCAUGGGAAGGGUGCUUGGUCUGAGGCUGAGCCAGAUGACUCUUCAAAGAGGCUGGAAUAGCAAAUCGAAACUCCUUGUGGUCGAGGAUUUAUCUGCUAGACAGGUGUAUGAGAAGCUUCUUGAGGCCGUUGUAUCAUAAAUUCUGUGGUUCGUGCAUGUUGGUGAAGACAUUAACCGAGAGUUCUGCAACCAUACUGUUAAGAUCUCUGUAAUUGGUUUGUCUCAGAGAAGGAAGAGUUUUAUAUUUUGCUUGAGAAGAUAGACAAAAUUGCUUUCGUCUCUCUGUUUUCAUGCUUCCAAACGCCAGUGUAUACAAUCUAAUACUGUUAUCAUUAUAAUCUUUUGAUACUGCCAGAAGUGUUUAUCUUUUGAACUACAAAUUGAAAAUCACAUUUGUCACAUUUUAUAGUCUAAUCAAACACUUUUGUAA